AUGAACCUGCCUGGAAAUGCCGCUUCCCAGGGGCUUUCUUGGGCGGGGGGCGGGAGGGCAGAGGAGGAGGAGUGUGAUUUUUGUCGAGGGGACUUCGUGUCUCGUUUACGUGUGAUGAGCAGCGAUCGCCGGGGAGUUGUUUUCCUCUCCCGCCUCGAGGCGAACUAUGCAAGUAGCACCAGAAUUCCUCUCCCUGGUGACGGACCAACUAUUCAGUCAAACAGUUCAGCACCAUCCAAGCAAACUGUUCUGUCUUGGCAAGCUGCAAUUGAUGCUGCUAGACAAGCAAAGGCUGCCCAAAAUAUGAGUACUACCACAACCCAGCCUGUAGGAUCUCUGUCCCAAAGAAAACGCCAGCAAUAUGCCAAGAGCAAAAAACAGGGUAACACGUCUAAUAGUCGGCCACCCCGUGCCCUUUUCUGUUUAUCCCUCAACAACCCAAUACGAAGAGCCUGCAUUAGUCUAGUAGAAUGGAAACCAUUUGACAUAUUUAUACUACUGUCUAUUUUUGCCAAUUGUGUGGCCUUAGCUGUUUACAUCCCAUUCCCAGAAGAUGAUUCUAAUUCAACUAAUCAUAAUUUGGAAAAAGUAGAAUAUGCCUUCCUGAUAAUUUUUACAGUUGAAACGUUUUUGAAGAUUAUAGCAUAUGGAUUAUUACUACACCCCAAUGCAUAUGUAAGAAAUGGAUGGAAUUUAUUGGAUUUUGUAAUAGUAGUAGUAGGAUUAUUUAGUGUAAUUUUGGAACAAUUAACCAAAGAAACAGAAGGUGGCAGCCACUCAGGUGGCAAACCUGGUGGCUUUGAUGUCAAAGCCCUAAGAGCCUUUCGUGUAUUGCGACCUCUCCGGCUUGUAUCAGGAGUGCCCAGUUUACAAGUUGUCUUGAACUCCAUUAUAAAAGCCAUGGUCCCCCUGCUCCAUAUUGCCCUUUUGGUAUUGUUUGUAAUCAUAAUCUAUGCUAUUAUAGGAUUGGAACUUUUUAUUGGAAAAAUGCACAAAUCUUGUUUUCUUAUUGAUUCAGAUAUACUAGUUGAAGAAGACCCAGCACCUUGUGCAUUCUCAGGGAAUGGACGUCAAUGUGUCAUGAAUGGCACUGAAUGUAAGGGUGGAUGGGUUGGACCGAAUGGAGGCAUAACCAACUUUGAUAAUUUUGCAUUUGCAAUGCUGACUGUGUUCCAGUGUAUAACCAUGGAAGGAUGGACUGAUGUGUUAUACUGGGUAAAUGAUGCAAUAGGAUGUGAAUGGCCAUGGAUCUAUUUUGUUAGUCUUAUCAUCCUUGGCUCAUUUUUCGUACUUAACCUGGUUCUUGGUGUACUUAGUGGAGAAUUUUCCAAGGAAAGAGAAAAAGCCAAGGCCCGAGGGGACUUUCAGAAGCUACGUGAAAAGCAGCAGCUUGAAGAAGAUCUGAAGGGAUAUUUAGAUUGGAUUACACAGGCAGAAGACAUUGACCCUGAGAAUGAUGAAGAGGUUGAUGAAGAAGGCAAACGGAACACAAGCAUGCCCACUAGUGAAACUGAGUCAGUGAACACAGAGAAUGUGAGUGGAGAAGGAGAGAACCCAGCAUGCUGUGGGAGCUUAUGUCAAACUAUCUCAAAAUCCAAAUUCAGUCGACGCUGGCGUCGCUGGAAUCGAUUUAAUCGAAGAAAAUGUAGAGCUGCAGUAAAAUCUGUCACGUUUUAUUGGCUUGUUAUUGUCUUGGUCUUUCUGAACACAUUAACUAUCUCAUCGGAGCAUUAUAAUCAACCUGACUGGCUGACCCAGAUCCAAGAUAUCGCAAAUAAAGUUCUUCUGGCUUUAUUCACCUGUGAAAUGUUAGUAAAGAUGUACAGCUUGGGCCUGCAGGCUUAUUUUGUAUCUCUUUUUAACCGCUUUGAUUGCUUCGUUGUUUGUGGUGGCAUUGUUGAAACCAUUUUGGUGGAACUGGAAAUUAUGUCACCCCUUGGAAUUUCGGUGUUUCGCUGCGUUCGUCUCCUGCGUAUUUUUAAAGUAACAAGGCACUGGGCAUCCCUGAGCAACUUGGUAGCAUCCUUGUUAAACUCAAUGAAGUCCAUUGCUUCACUGUUGCUUCUGCUUUUCCUCUUCAUCAUAAUCUUCUCGUUGCUUGGAAUGCAGCUGUUUGGAGGCAAAUUUAAUUUUGAUGAAACUCAAACAAAACGGAGCACCUUCGAUAAUUUUCCACAAGCUCUUUUAACUGUAUUCCAGAUUCUAACAGGUGAAGACUGGAAUGCUGUUAUGUAUGAUGGCAUAAUGGCAUAUGGUGGCCCAUCAUCAUCAGGAAUGAUAGUCUGUAUAUAUUUCAUUAUCCUCUUCAUCUGUGGUAACUAUAUCUUGCUAAAUGUUUUCUUGGCCAUUGCUGUGGAUAACUUGGCAGACGCUGAAAGUCUGAAUACAGCUCAGAAAGAAGAAGCAGAAGAAAAGGAACGGAAAAAGAAUGCGAGAAAAGAGAGUCUGGAAAAUAAAAAAAGUGAGAAGUCGGAAAGUGACCAAAAGAAGCCCAAGGAUAAUAAGGUGACAAUUGCUGAAUAUGGAGAAGGAGAGGAUGAGGAUAAAGAUCCCUAUCCACCCUGUGAUGUACCAGUAGGUGAAGAUGAGGAAGAUGAGGAGGACGAACCAGAGGUACCAGCAGGCCCACGUCCCCGAAGAAUAUCAGAACUAAAUAUGAAGGAGAAGAUAACACCAAUCCCCGAAGGGAGUGCCUUCUUCAUUUUCAGCAGCACCAAUCCAAUUCGAGUGGGAUGCCACAGGCUCAUCAAUCACCACAUCUUUACUAAUCUCAUCCUUGUCUUCAUCAUGCUGAGCAGUGUUUCCCUAGCAGCAGAAGAUCCAAUUCGCAGCCACUCUUUUCGAAAUAACAUACUUGGUUACUUUGACUAUGCUUUCACAGCCAUCUUUACUGUUGAAAUCCUGUUAAAGAUCCUAGGGUAUGCAGAUUAUGUCUUCACUAGUAUGUUUACAUUUGAGAUCAUUUUGAAGAUGACAGCUUUCGGAGCAUUCCUUCAUAAAGGGUCCUUCUGCAGGAAUUAUUUUAAUUUGCUGGAUUUGCUCGUUGUGGGUGUUUCUCUGGUAUCGUUUGGUAUUCAAUCAAGUGCUAUCUCAGUUGUGAAGAUCCUCAGAGUUUUAAGAGUCUUGAGGCCUCUAAGGGCAAUAAACAGAGCAAAAGGACUUAAGCAUGUUGUUCAGUGUGUCUUUGUGGCUAUUAGAACUAUUGGUAAUAUCAUGAUUGUUACAACUCUGCUGCAGUUCAUGUUUGCUUGUAUUGGAGUGCAGCUGUUCAAGGUAAAUAGACUCUCAAAAUUUACACCGCAUCAAGAGCGACAAAGCUCAGCUGACUUCUUGGUGGCUUGGGGGAUAUAUAUUGUUUAUAAAGAUGGAGAUGUGGACAAUCCAAUGGUCAAAGAGAGGGUCUGGCAAAAUAGUGAUUUCAACUUUGACAAUGUUCUGUCUGCUAUGAUGGCCCUUUUUACAGUAUCUACUUUUGAAGGCUGGCCAGCGCUGCUGUACAAAGCCAUUGAUUCGAACGGCGAGAAUGUAGGACCUGUAUACAACUAUAGAGUGGAGAUCUCCAUUUUUUUCAUCAUCUACAUCAUCAUUAUUGCUUUCUUUAUGAUGAACAUAUUUGUUGGUUUUGUGAUUGUUACAUUUCAAGAACAGGGAGAGCAAGAAUAUAAGAACUGUGAGCUGGACAAAAAUCAGCGUCAGUGUGUAGAAUAUGCCUUGAAGGCACGUCCUCUUCGUAGAUAUAUUCCAAAAAAUCCUUACCAGUACAAGUUCUGGUAUGUGGUGAACUCUACUGGAUUUGAAUACAUCAUGUUUGUCCUCAUCAUGUUGAACACACUUUGCUUGGCUAUGCAGCACUAUGGACAGUCUAAGCUCUUUAAUGAUGCAAUGGACAUUAUGAAUAUGGUUUUCACAGGAGUGUUCACUGUUGAAAUGGUUUUGAAACUGAUUGCGUUCAAACCCAAGGGCUAUUUUAGUGAUGCCUGGAAUACGUUUGACUCCCUCAUCGUUAUUGGCAGCAUAGUAGACGUCGUUCUCAGUGAAGCUGAUCACUAUUUCACUGAUGCAUGGAACACUUUUGAUGCCUUAAUUGUUGUUGGUAGCGUCGUUGAUAUUGCUAUAACAGAAGUUAAUGUAAGUAGCAACUGUUCAUGCACUAAAAAAAUGAACUCCGAAGACAGCGCUAGAAUCUCCAUCACUUUUUUCCGUCUCUUCCGGGUGAUGAGGUUGGUGAAGUUGCUUAGCAGAGGAGAAGGAAUCCGAACCUUAUUGUGGACAUUUAUUAAGUCAUUUCAGGCUCUACCUUAUGUUGCCCUUCUGAUAGCCAUGCUGUUCUUCAUCUAUGCUGUCAUUGGAAUGCAGGUAUUUGGAAAAGUGGCCAUGAGGGACAACAAUCAAAUAAACAGGAACAACAAUUUUCAGACUUUCCCCCAAGCCGUGCUGCUUCUCUUCAGGUGUGCAACUGGAGAAGCCUGGCAGGAAAUCAUGCUGGCAUGUUUGCCUGGGAAACGCUGUGAUCCAGAAUCUGAUUAUAAUCCAGGGGAAGAAUACACAUGUGGAAGCAAUUUUGCCAUCAUUUAUUUUAUUAGUUUUUACAUGCUUUGUGCAUUUUUGAUUAUCAAUUUAUUUGUGGCUGUCAUUAUGGAUAACUUUGACUAUUUGACACGUGAUUGGUCUAUUUUGGGUCCCCAUCAUUUGGAUGAGUUCAAAAGGAUAUGGUCAGAAUAUGAUCCUGAAGCAAAGGGAAGAAUAAAGCAUCUUGAUGUGGUGACAUUACUGAGACGCAUUCAGCCCCCACUUGGUUUUGGCAAAUUAUGCCCUCACCGAGUGGCCUGCAAGAGGUUAGUAGCCAUGAAUAUGCCACUAAACAGUGAUGGAACCGUCAUGUUCAAUGCUACUUUGUUUGCUUUAGUUAGGACUGCUCUAAAGAUCAAAACAGAAGGUAACCUAGAGCAAGCAAAUGAAGAACUUAGAGCAGUUAUAAAGAAAAUAUGGAAGAAAACCAGCAUGAAAUUACUUGAUCAAGUUGUCCCUCCAGCUGGCGAUGAUGAGGUAACCGUGGGGAAGUUCUAUGCCACCUUCCUGAUACAGGACUACUUUAGGAAAUUCAAGAAACGCAAAGAACAAGGACUGGUGGGGAAAUAUCCUGCGAAGAAUACCACGAUUGCUCUGCAGGCAGGACUAAGGACACUUCAUGAUAUUGGCCCUGAAAUACGCCGAGCUAUAUCCUGUGACUUGCAAGAUGAUGAACCAGAGGAAAAUAAUCCAGAGGAAGAGGAAGAUGUGUAUAAAAGGAAUGGUGCCCUGUUUGGCAACCACAUAAACCAUAUUAGCAGCGACAGACGAGAUUCAUUUCAACAGAUCAACACCACACACCGUCCCUUACAUGUUCAGCGGCCUUCAAUUCCAUCUGCAAGUGAUACUGAGAAAAAUAUAUACCCUCAGGCAGGAAAUUCUGUAUACCACAAUCACAACUCUGUAGGAAAGCAUGUUCCAAACUCAACAAAUGCCAAUCUUAAUAAUGCCAACAUGUCCAAAGUUGUUCAUGGAAAACAUAUAAAUAUUGGAAAUCAUGAGCAUAGAUCUGAAAACGGUUACCAUUCAUACUCCAGAGCUGAUCAUGAGAAGCGUAGAAGGCCAAGCAGUAGGAGAACCCGCUACUAUGAAACUUACAUUAGAUCUGACUCUGGUGAUGGGCGUCGACCUGCUAUUUGCCGUGAAGAACAUGAAGUUCAGGACUAUUGCAAUGAUGAUCAUUAUUUAGGAGAGCAGGAUUAUUUUAGUGGAGAAGAAUAUUAUGAGGAAGACAGUAUGUUGUCAGGAAGCAGGCAUAUAUAUGACUACCACUGUAGGUACCACUGCCAUGACUCAGAUUUUGAGAGACCAAAAGGUUACCAUCACCCACAUGGAUUUUUUGAGGAAGAUGAUUCACAGAUCUGUUACGAUACAAAAAGAUCUCCUAGGAGACGGCUGCUGCCCCCAACACCAACACCAAACAGACGAUCUUCCUUUAACUUUGAAUGCCUCCGCCGACAAAGUAGUCAAGAUGACAUACCACUCUCUCCUUCCUUCCAGCACCGCACUGCUUUACCACUUCACUUAAUGCAACAGCAGGUCAUGGCUGUUGCAGGUCUGGAUUCCAGUAAAGCUCACAGACAUUCACCGAGUCGUUCAACACGUUCCUGGGCUACCCCACCUGCAACUCCUCCCAUCAGGGACCGGACGCCGUAUUAUACGCCUCUGAUCCAAGUUGAUAGGGCUGAAUCUACAGAACAGAUGAAUGGUAGCCUGCCUUCUUUGCACAGAAGCUCUUGGUACACAGAUGACCCUGAUAUUUCCUACCGAACGUUUACACCAGCCAAUUUAACUGUACCUAAUGACUUUAGGCAUAAACAUAGUGACAAACAGAGGAGUGCAGACAGUUUGGUAGAAGCGGUACUUAUAUCUGAAGGCCUAGGAAGGUACGCAAAGGACCCUAAAUUUGUUUCAGCUACAAAACAUGAGAUUGCUGAUGCAUGUGACAUGACUAUUGAUGAGAUGGAAAGUGCAGCCAGUAAUCUUCUCAAUGGAAAUAUAAGCAAUGGGACCAAUGGCGAUAUGUUUCCCAUUUUAAGCAGACAAGAUUACGAACUUCAAGAUUUUGGUCCUGGAUACAGCGAUGAAGAACCAGAUACUGGACGAUAUGAAGAAGACUUAGCUGAUGAAAUGAUAUGCAUUACAAGCUUAUAGUAUUUAGCAAGGAAAAUGAUUUUAAUAACAGAAAAAGUGCCUCAUAGUUUAAAGAUGCUAGGCACUAGCUGGAGUUAAUAACCAAUCGAGUUUUGUACAAGUGAGGCCACACCUCAAGGAAGCCAUACGUAAUAAACAGCUUAUCUCCAGGUUGCUGAUACGUGAUCAGAGCUGCAGUACGUCAAGUCUCUUAGCACAGAAUCUUCGGUUCCUCUGUAGGAAAAAGGUUAUUUUGAAACCAAGCAGAUUCUGACAAUCAGUUUUUUGAGGGCUAGAGUGGGAUUCUGAGGUGUAAUAUCUUGCCUGUCCUUUAACUUUGUGCGGCUGUCCUUCAUAGUAGAGCAGGAUUUUGUCAAUGAAAACGUCUGCAUAAGUCCAGCACACAAUUGUGUGGGAAAUAACUACAUGAGUGAUGACAACUAAUAGUGUCAGCACUCAGCACUCAAUGGCAUAUCAGCUAUCCAUUGCAUAUCCAUUUUAAUAUUGUUUUCAAACUUGCCUCCUGAUUUCUUUUCUUAAUGCUCUUCUAAAAUAGUUUGUCAUGCUCUACCUGUUAGAGAUCAUUGAAAAAAGAAGUUAGAUAAUAUUGUCAUAUGUAACACCAGUUUACAUAGGAAAAUAUCAUUCAGAUAGUCUGUUUUAUGACUAUCAUGUUAAGGGCAAAAUAUACUGGAAUAAUUGCAUUCUUGCUAAUGCACUUGCAACCAGGUUAUAGUAGAAUUAGAUAAGAUAGUUUGCUAAAAAUUAUAUAGUAGAAAUUAUUGUAAAUGAAUUGUAAUAUACAAUGAUUUGUAUUUGUAAAGAGAUGUUCUAUAUUUUGUAAUUAUUGUACCGUAAUUGAACUGCAGCAAUAUUUAUGGACCCUGACUAUUGUAACUCUCCACAGAAUUCUAGAUAGAAGUAUUUUUACUUGGAAUAUAUAGAUCUAUACCAUAAAUAUUUAAAUAGAGCCACUUCUCAGUAUAAAUCUCUUUUUGGGAUAAACUAUCAAGUUUAAACUUGACAAACAUCCUUUUUUUUUUUUUAAUAAUUGAGUCAAAGGCGUCUGUCAGCGUAAGGGAUGCACAGUUGACUAUUUGCAGUCUUAUAAUUGGAAAGGUAAAAGAUUUGAAAUUAUUUUAACAUUUUGAUUGACAAUAAGCUGUGAUUUUAUUUUUUUAUUAAUCCCAUGCUAUAAAUGAAUAUUAAAAAUCAUUUAAAAAAUCAGCAAGUUCAUGCCAGGGUAGCACUGGCCAUGAGACAGUUUUCACAAAGUGUAUUACCCUAAGUACCUACUUUGAUACGAAACAUCUAGGGCAGAAAUUAUUUCACAGGUAAAUGAAAAUGCUUUACCUCAGUAAUGCAUACUACUCUGCUCAGAAAGAAAAGAAGUAUGGUAAAACAAUUCUUCACAGAACCAAAAAACCCGGAUUAUGUGCAAAAUAUACUACUUUGUUGCCUCCACCCUUCUGUUGUUCUGUGUGUACUAUUUCAAAGAUUUAUUUUUAUGCAAUUAAAAGAGGGCUUAGAUAUUGUUCACAAUGCAGUAAAACCCUGAUAUGACUUUGAGGCUAAAACAACCUUGGAGGAAAAUCAAAAGUGUUGAAAACUACUGUCUAUUUUAUUAGCACUGGAUAACAAUGACUUGUUCUAACAAGUUAUCUUAUCAGGUUUUACCUGUAGUUCAUAUGCUAGAUAGCAAUCCAGUUCACAUUUUUAAAAAUGUGAUGUUUAAAACAUGUCAAUAAACAUUUUGUACAUAAUGACAAUUUCCUAUGAAUACCUUACAGACUUCCUCUGGAAUCAUUCUUAUUUCAAAUGCCAGGAUAAGAACUUAAAGGUUUGUAAAUUAUUUCUUGACCUACAUCAUUUUGUAUUAAGACAAAUGCAAAAUGUUCUUCAAAAUAAAACUGUGUAAUAAUUUUAUU